CAGGCUCCUCGCUGCCACCUGAUCCCUCUGCCUCGUCCGCCGCACGCCCUGCAAACUCCGAGACCAUCUGCUGAUCCGUGCCACGGGCUGGAGCCUGCCCAGAGCGCGCCGGAGGAGCUCGGCUCUGACACCUGACGGCUCCAAACCUGGGUCCUGCCGCAGCUCCUCGGGGGAGCCCCCGGUCUCUGUGCACCUGCACGGUGCCGGCACCGAGGAUAUUUAUUUAUUUAUUGUGUUUCUACGCACCCUGCCCUUUUAUUUACAUGGCUUAUUGUUGAAGUCGUCGCCCACCCCGCGAGGAAAAGGGAAAAAUUUUGAAAUUCCCUUGCAGGGACGGUGUGUGAUGAGGAGGAGGAGGAGGAGAAUAAGCAGGGGUUCGCUGUGAGCCGGGGACCUUCAAGCAGAGCAGCUUUGCUUCGCCGUGGUGCCCGCCUCAGUCUGUCCCGCAGUGCCUCCUGAAGUGUCCGUCCGCCUGCCUGCCCACCCUUCCUCUGCGAAGAUGAUGCUCAACUCGGACCAGACGGAGAUCGACCUGCCCCCGACGCACUCCGAGUCCGAGUCCGUCUUCAGCGACUGUGGCCGCGCGGGCAGCGUGGAGGACGCCGGCGGCGUCGGUCUGUGCGCCCCGUCCCGCAUGGCCGAGCAGGGUGAGGCCGUGAAGAAAGACCUGCAGCACCUGAGCCGGGAGGAGCGCCGGCGCCGGCGGCGUGCCACGGCCAAAUACCGGACAGCCCACGCCACGCGGGAGCGCAUCCGCGUCGAGGCCUUCAACAUGGCCUUCGCCGAGCUGCGGAAGCUGCUGCCCACGCUGCCGCCGGACAAGAAGCUCUCCAAGAUUGAGAUCCUGCGCCUGGCCAUCUGCUACAUCUCCUACCUGAACCACGUGCUGGACGUCUGAGCCGCCCAGCCUGCGUCCGUCCGUCCGUCCGUCUGCCACAUCUCCUACCUGGACGUGUGCCGGGCAUCCGAGCCAAGAGCUCAAGCCCGUCUGUCCGUCUGCGACCUGCGCCACACGUUGGGCAUCCGAAACGCUGUGCCUGCAUCCACCCGUCUGUCCGAAUGGACCGAGUCCCCGUCCGUCCGCUCUGCCCCCUCCCUGAACCGCGGUCUGUAUUCCCCCACCACCAAGCCCACGUCCCUCUGUCUGUCCGUCCUGAGCCAGGCUGGCUGUUCGGCCCACCGGCCGUCUGUCUGUCCUGCUGGAUCUGCUGCCUCCAGGCCGUGCCGGCCGUGUGUGCUCCCAGCUUCUGUCCGUCCUCCUGCUGCGUGUCCCGCUGAGAGCGCUGAUGGGGU